AUGGCCUUUACGUUUUUUUUAAAACUACGAGAUUUAAUUUUUACAUGGAAAUCCUCACGAACAACAACGGAAUAUUUCCAACAGCUUGAGAUUCAUUAUCGGACCGAACGGGAAUUGGAAGUGAUUGAAAGUCGAAAGAUUAUUGACCUCGCCGAAAUCGACCGUAUGAAGGUUUCUCAAUUACGGAACAAUACAGAAUCAAUAACAAAGAUCCAUCAGCAUGUUUCUGACGGCUUUGUAGAAUUUACUAAAGAAAAUACAAGAAUACAGAAACGCACGUUGGAAGAUAGUGAAAGUAACUCUAGUAAAAAGCAAAAGCCUGAGGAUGAAAACGCAGGUUACGAGUCGGAAGAAAGUGAUUUGGAUGCAGAUGAUGAAAUUAGGAGUCUUGCACAGGACGAAGUAAAAAUUCGUAAUAAAUUGUUCGGUAUCUUGGCUGAAUACCAAAAUAAAGAUAAAGAAUCAGGAGAGAAUUAUAUGACUUCAGUAUGUCUUAAUGGCAUACUAGAUCUCUCUGACGAGAAGGUGUAUAAGACAGUUAAAAAGACUCUUGAUAUAGAUCAACUCAACUGGCUUGAAAAAGUUAUCAUGACGAAAAACUGGAAAUCAACCUCCGAAUUUGUACAAUAUAUUGAGCAAUUUACUGAAAUGCAUGUACUCGAGCCGAGAUUCCAACUAUUGUGCGCAACUCCAAUGAGAGUCGAGUAUAAAGGCCUCGAUUUAGAAAGAACUUUCGCCAUCGACACCGUAGUGUACAUCUUAAAUCGACUAUUUAGGAUGCACCAAGACGAAUUAGAUGUUGCAUGGAUUGAACAAACUACUCCGGACACAAAAGAACAUAAAUUUGAUGGAUUGUACAAAGUGAUCAAGACAACCGGUAAAAGCCAGGUCAUAAUUAUUGUAGAAUUUUCAUAUGGAAGAAAAGCACCCGAGUCCAAAAAAGAUGGCGAUCAGUUAAAAUUGUGUCGAAACGCAAUGAGAACUCUAAACAAAUUAUUAAAAACUAUACCAAAGGACUGUGCACGAGUAUAUUAG